UCUUCUGUGAGCUGAGGAAUCAAACAGACAAAUUUUGAGUGCAGAAACCCAUGAAUCUCCUAUCUCUUAAAUCCAUUCACUCUCCCAAAUCCUCUUGUUUGAGAACCAUCACAGCUUGCUCCCCCAGACAGGACCUUAAAGGCCGGACUGUUGCAGUAGUUGGCUUGGGAAUAUCUGGAAAGGCUGCUGCAAGGCUUGCUCUAGCUCGAGGGGCUUCAGUCGUAGGUAUCGACCAGAAUGAGAAUUUGUUGAAGCAAGAUUCUUCUUUUGUGACACUGAAAGAUAAUGGGUUAGACACAAUCCUUGGACACUUUGAUUGGAAGCUUCUUAAUGAUGCAGAUGUGGUGGUUGUUUCUCCUGGAGUUUCCCUGGAAAAUUAUGGCCUUAUGUAUUUGUUGCAGUCAGGAAAACAGGUCAUGUCUGAGUUGGAUUUUGCAGCUGAAGUUCUCCCAAAAAGUGUCAAAAUUUUGGCAGUGACAGGAACCAAUGGAAAAUCCACUGUUGUUACUUUUGCUGGACAGAUGCUUAGUCAUUUUGGUAUUAAUACAUUUGUGGGGGGAAACCUUGGAACUCCACUCUCUGAGAUGGCCUUUGAGCAUUUGAGAUCGCCUUCACAAGAAAGUGAGCUUAAGGUUGCAGUAGUGGAAGUCAGCAGCUGUCAAAUGGAAAUUCCCUGUGUGUACUUCUGUCCUUCUGUUUCUGUGGUACUAAAUCUUACCCCUGAUCACUUAGAAAGGCACAAGACAAUGCUAAGUUAUGCCGAAUCCAAAUGUCGUCUAUUUUCUCACAUGGCCAACACCAAGCUGGGACUUCUUUCAUUUGGGAAUCAGUACCUGGAUGACGCAGUUAGGAAAUACUGGAACAAAUUCAAUCUUGCUUGGAUCGGAGCUUUUCCGGGUGUGAAAAUUGAUACAGAUGCAAAAAUUGCCACCUUCAAAGUUCCGGACAUAGGAGUUGCAUCACAACUGCAACUUGGUGGCAUGAGAGCUAUAGGGAAUCACAACUAUUAUAAUGCUGCAGUGGCUGCUUUGUCUGUGGCUGGACUGGAUGUUGGCGUGCAUGUUGAAGCCAUCAAUUCAACAAUUGAGAAAUUAAGGCCUCCACCUCAUCGAAUGCAAGUCGUCCACAAGGAUAUUCACGGAGUUACAUGGGUGGAUGAUAGCAAGGCAACAAACAGCGCUACACAUACAGGGCUUACGGGUCUGAAGGGGAAAAAGUCGGUGAUUCUACUCGGCGGCCUUGCUAAGGUCUUAAAUGGACAAGCAUCAAAUGGUUUUGAACAAUUGGUCGAACUAUUGAAGGGCCAUAGAUGUGUGAUAACUUUCGGGUCUUCAGGAGCAAUGAUUCAUCAGACAUUGUCUGACAACGGUCUUAGCAUUCCUUGUAUUCAAGCCACAAAUCUGAAGGAUGCUGUUCAACAUGCUAGGAAGAUGGCAAAACAUGGUGAUGCCAUUGUGCUAAGUCCAGCAUGCGCUAGCUUUGAUGAAUUCAGGAACUUUGAGCACCGAGGGAUGUUUUUCCAGGAGUUGGCCUUCUCUGCAUAAUAUGUUUUCAGCGACUCGAUUAUGAACCGACGUCUGCAAUGCAAGUGACGGAAACGGGCUACCGAUGACGAAUUGUGACCGACUGAAUUAAUAGCAAUUUUUGGAU